CAGUUUCCAUUAAACAUUCAACUCAAAAGCUUUAAAACAAUCUUGUCUUGUCAAAUAAUACCGAUAAUUCUCAAGGGAUCUAAAAUGGCUUCAACUGACGUGAACAGCUCCUUCCAUCCACACCCAGCACCGCCAUCUCCAGACUCAAGUUCUUCAACAGUUAUUGUCAUCGUUGUCAUCUCGUUUGGGUGUCUCUUCUUAACCGGAGCUGUUUUGUCAUGCAUUUGGUUGUUGAUGAAGAGGCGCAAGGAGCGGAAACUUAUUCGUGAGAGGAAAGACAUCGAUGUGGAUGAGCAUUUGAAAGUGCAUGAAAUGAUCGUACGAGGGCCGCACGGCCCAAAGAAGGUGUUAGUCUCGGUGGAUGACGAUGUACGUGUGCAUGAGGAUGUUCACAGGAGUGAGGUUGAUAUGGUCGGUAAAGGAAAGCACGGAGAGGCCAGUGUAAGUCUUGGUACUAGCCAAGUUUGAUCAUUAUGAUUUAUGGGGAGGGCUCUACUGCUCUACACUACUGUUGUAAUAAAUUCUUACUAUUUAUACCCCUAUAUUGUCUUGAAGAAAUGAGCCUCAAUGGGUCUUAUCAAAACAAUGAUCAAAAUGGAAAGUGAUUAUAAA